GGGGAACCAUGUUACUGUGAUCUAUGUGUUUCUAAAUCGUGUAGUCACUGUGGGAUACUAGCAGUCAUUUAUAAAAGCAAGGAGUUUGCAGGUUCAAGCAGUUGGGAAUAGACUACAACACCGUCACCAUGUCUAUUAUGUCCUAUAAUGGAGGGGCCGUCAUGGCCAUGCGGGGUAAGAACUGUGUAGCGAUCGCAGCAGACCGGAGAUUUGGCAUUCAGGCUCAGAUGGUCACCACAGACUUCCAGAAGAUCUUCCCUAUGGGAGAGAGGCUGUACAUUGGGCUGGCUGGACUGGCCACUGAUGUUCAGACAGUAGCCCAGAGGCUUAAAUUCAGAUUGAACUUGUAUGAGCUGAAGGAGGGUCGUCAGAUUAAGCCCAAGACCUUCAUGAGCAUGGUGUCCAACCUGUUGUAUGAAAGGAGAUUUGGGCCAUACUACAUUGAACCUGUAAUUGCCGGACUAGAUCCCAAAACCCUAGAGCCCUUCAUCUGCUCCUUGGAUCUGAUUGGCUGCCCCAUGGUAACAGAAGAUUUUGUUGUGAGCGGCACCUGUUCAGAGCAGAUGUACGGCAUGUGUGAAUCUUUGUGGGAGCCAGACAUGGAACCGGAGGACCUGUUUGAGACCAUCUCCCAAGCCAUGUUGAAUGCCGUUGAUAGAGAUGCCGUGUCUGGCAUGGGAGUCGUCGUACAUGUCAUUGAGAAAGACAAGAUCACCACACGAACCCUGAAGGCCAGGAUGGACUAGAGCUGCUGUUUCUCCCCACACUUCACCAACACAGAUGCUUUUGUAUACAAAUAAUAAACGAUGCUUGUCCUUUCUUUUUUUUCUUAUUGAUAUUGUUCAAUAAACGAACACAGGUUUAAACAAUGAA